AAUCCCUUUUUUUGGGUUUGGUUUUUAAUGUGUCAGAAUGAAGAUGGGAAGGUAACUCCAGAAAAUGAGAAGGUCGCUGUCUCGGCGGUGGGGACGGCGACACAGGAAAAGCCAGAAGCCAAGAAGCCUCCAGAGGAAACCAAAAGCAGCGAGCCGAUCAAAGAGGAGUCUCGAGAGGUGAAGGAGGACAAACCUUCAGGACAAAGUCAGAGUCAAAGUCAAAGCAGUGAGGUAAUCAAAGAAGAAUCUGCAGACGUGGUGGAGGAGAGACCUUCAGGGGAAACUGAAAGCAAUGAGGUCAUUAAAGGAGAGUCAGGGGAAUCUGAAACUGAAAACAAGAAGGUGAUCAAAGGAGAACCCGCGGACAUGGCGGUGGGGAAAAUCUCAGGGGCAACUGAAACGGAAAGCAAUGAGGUCAUUAAAAGAGAUUCAGGAGAAUCCGAAACUGAAAGUAAAAAGUUAACCAGAGGAGAAUCCGCGGAAGUGGAGGAGAAAAUCUCAGGGGAAACCGAAACGGAAAGCAAUGAGGUAAUUAAACGAGAACCUGUAGAUGUGAUGGCGGAGAAAAUUUCGAGGGAAACCGAAACGGAAAGCAAUGAGAUAAUGAAAGGAGAAUCCGCAGAGGUAGUAAUGGUGGAGAAGAUUUCAAGGGAAACUGAAAUGAAAGAAGAAACGACAGAGGUAACGGUGGAGAAAAUUUCAAGGGAAACUGAAGCUGACAGCAGCGAGGCAGCGAAAGGAGAAUCCUCAGAGAGUGAAAGCAAUGAGGUAAGGAAAGAGGAAUGUUCAGAGGAAAAUGAGAACAAGGACCCGGCAGAGGAGGGAAAAGAAGAUCAAAAGAAGGGCGGGGUAGAGGAAGGGCAGGAGAAGCGUUCAGGGGAAGGUGAGAGCAAUGACACAGCGAAACAAGAAAGUCGCGGGAGUGAAGUGGAAGAAGGCGCUGAGAAGGUAAUUCGAGUUGUGGAGGAAGCGCCACCGGCCAGGGAAGAGGAGAAAAGUCAGAGCGCAGCGGAGGAAGCCAAGCCAGCCCAUUAAUUUUAUUAAACCCCACCAUACGCAAAAGCCUCGAGAAUCCUAGGCUUCGUGGGCCCUUGCCCCUUCCACCCUCUCUUCUUUUUUUCGCCCCAUUUUGGUUCUGCGUGCUUUUGAAUUACUCUUUAUUUCUUUCUCCUUUUUUUUUUUUUGAAAAAAAUAGCGCCGGUCGUGCUUUGGCGUCUGGAUUGUAAUAAUGUUAUGGGAUUUAAUCUAUGUCGAUAUUUUAUAGUGUCUUGUUACUUAUA